AUGAGUGGUCCUCUUGAGUCGCUACUGAUUGAACUUGGAUUACGAUCUCACCCUCUGCCAUCCCCGCCGUUUAGCCAGCCACAUGACGACCAAGCUGAGUCUCGCCUGAACGAACCGUCAGAGGCCACAAUAAGCGAACGCGAAAAGGAGAGCUUAGCUUUUCGACCAGGCCAAGUUUGCAGACAUAAAUUAAACUGCGGAGAUGCGGGGUCCCUGCAUAGCCCUCCCUUCUUCGCAACCUUACCCAAAGACAUGGAUGGACGAAAUCUGCAGUCGGAGAGCACUCGAGCAGCCUCCCAGAACACAUCUGGAUUCAUUCGAAACAUAGCUGCUGCUACAGAUGAAUCGCCUGAUCAUGCACAUGAAGCGGGCGUCAAUAUACUGCAAGCCCCUGCUGGGCACACCCAACCUUCGCGCCUCGAUGCAGUGAAUGCGCAAAACGCACCACAAGAUAUGACCACCGCGGUAGCAAUUGAAGGGUCCAGGCGGUCAUUGAGCAACGCGUCUGAUCUAGAUGGACAGGGCCAGUCUUCGCUUCCGGCGGACGAUGGGAUGGGUGUUCUACGAAGCAAGAUCAUUGCUGUUAGAAACCUGGAACUUACCAAUGUUCAGAAAGCGCGGAAGGUCCAUGACUUGAUGACGGAAAGCUACAACUCAUCGCGAGAGCCUUUGAAGAUUUCUUCCACGAGGUUGUUAUCCCCGCCCUCGAGCCCAGCGGGCUCGAGACUACCCACAAGUCCAAAGACUAUGUCGCGGAGUGAUACGUCUGAAUUGGAUCAAGCAAACCCGGAUAGCAUUGCUCGGUAUGAGAGCUCAUUCAAUCUCAAACCUGAAGAUUUGCAACCCACUUUCGUUCCCAAGACGGAGCCCGAACCGCACGAAUGUGAGAUGGGCGAUGAAGAUUCGGAUACGGAAGAGUUAGCAGAGGACACUCUCGGCUGUGUGCAUUAUCACCGCAAUGUGAAGCUGGAAUGCCAUACUUGCAAGAAGUGGUACACUUGCCGGUUUUGUCACGAUGAAGUGGAAGACCACGCUCUCAUUCGCCGAGACACACAGCAUAUGCUGUGCAUGCUAUGUGGACACCCCCAACCUGCAGCACAGGACUGUAGAAAAUGCGGUAAGCAGACAGCGCAGUACUAUUGCGAAAUAUGCAAGCUCUGGGACAACGACAGCAAGAAGAGCAUCUACCACUGUAACGACUGCGGGAUCUGUCGAAUCGGACAGGGUCUAGGAAAGGAUUUCUUCCAUUGCCUGACUUGCUGUGUUUGUCUGCCAAUGUCAAUUGAAAACACGCAUCGCUGCAUUGAACGAUCUACCCAGUGCGAUUGCCCUAUCUGUGGAGACUAUAUGUUCACAUCUCCCGAGACUGUCGUUGUUAUGCGAUGUGGCCACAGCAUUCACCACAAGUGCUUAUCAGAGUAUUCCAAAAGCUCUUUCCGUUGUCCGAUCUGCAGCAAGACGAUCACCAACAUGGAAGCAACUUUUCGAAACCUGGAUCGCACCAUUGAAAGUCAACCUAUGCCCGCAGAAUUCAAGGAUACGAAAGGUCUUGUUUAUUGCAACGAUUGCGGUUCAAAAUCAGUUGUUAAGUACCACUGGUUGGGCUUGAGAUGUGAACUAUGCGAGUCGUAUAAUACAGCUCAACUUCGCAUUUUGCAUGGAGACAUGUCAGAUCAGCCCGAGGAAGAUGAUGCUGAGCAUCUUCCUUCUCGACCUCGGUCGUCUUCAGUCAUGGAAAACGAUGACUCCAUGUCAUCUUCGCUGGCAGGACUAAAUGUUAAUCCCGGCUCGGCUCCUCGUUCACGGCUCAGUGUACCAUCAGUGGAACCCGAGAGACAAUCUGCAUCAUAUAACAUCACUCGCGGUCGUGCUGUCUCGCCGGUCGUAAGCAACUACUUUGGACUUCCGACUGAGCGUGAAUCUGAGAAACCCUCGUCAUUGCCCUUUUUUGGAAGCCCGUCAUCGCGCAGUGUCAACGAGACGGACUAUGGUGCAUUGAACUUCUUGAGCAAGAAGCUCACCUACCCCUAUGGGCUAUUUGGUGGCGAGACAAAGGCGACAGAUAACAUAUCAGAAGGGGGUGAGGAAGAGGAAGACGAUGCGGAGUCAUCAGACUCCGCUGAAUCGGCUGGCUCCCAUUGCAAUGAAGAUGACGAGGACGAGGAUCAUCUCGAUAUUUUUGGCCAUCGGUGA